AUGAUUAAAUUCAUGGCCAUAAUCCCCUGCUGCCCAUGGGCUCAAGAGGAAGCGGUUCAGGAAAAGUCUAAUCCAGCCAUCUCCGGAUAUGGGACACCCUCACUGUGCCGCUCCACUGGGCUUUGUAUCAGCAGGUAUUAACACCAUAAGUGCCGGUUGAAGUACAAACCUGCUUGGCUAAAACUUCUGACAAGAGGGAGUUUUUUUUCUUCUUUUUAUCAGCUCAUAAUUUCAAGUAACUCCUUUUUUUGGAUGGCUGCAUUUCAGACUGUGUCAGAGUUGAUAAAAGCAAAGGUCCUUUGUGUCCACAUAUUCCUGAUUCUCAUUUUAUUCAUUGAGCCCCUUAAAGCUUACUCAGGCUUUACAUCUGUUGCUCCAUCCUUUGAGUGUUGUGGUAAAAAGUUUGACCUGCUAUAACCCUGGUCUAUAAAUUAAUUCUGCUAAGUGGCAGCACACAAUCCCUCGAAUUAUUUAUACUUUUACUAUUGGUCAGGGUGUCACUUAGAUAAACACAGCGGAGGUUCAUCUCAUCUGAGCCACAAAAAGCCAGAGUGUGCCGCUACCAAUGGCUCAGCCGAACUUUGACCCUGGCAGGUCACAGAGAGCAUUUGUCCCUCGAUAAUUGGACAGAAGGGCCCUUUCGCUCUUCAUUUAACCUUUGGGGUCCAGAUCUUUCUUCCCCGACUACCAUAGAGGCCCACAGUCCUGACCCAGUGUUUUCAGACCCAUCUUUCCUCCCCCAUCACAGGCCUUUGAAAGCUGGAGAAAAGCUGGAGUGUGCUUACCCUGUCAGAGACAAUGGCAGAGUUAGUGACCCCUGACCCGGCAGGCUGAGGCCUUUCUUCCUGGAUCAGGCGCUGCCUUUCGCUACGGUGGGUUAUUGCUCCACAGCUUGGCAACAGAAAGAGGGUAAACACUUGUUAAGAUUCCUCUUCUCUGGGCAUGCCCCCAACUUCUUUUCUCUCUUGGUUGCUUGGGACGAUAUUUUUUUCUCUUUUAGAGGGUUUGUGGGUCUGUUGAAGGAUAAACAGGAGUUAAAGCAGGUCUGCUAUUUGAAAUUCUGGCUGCAGCUUUGCAAUCCAUCAUCCCGACAGCUCUUUGUCACUGGUCCAAAGGGGACUGGAGUCACAGUUUCUCUGGGACAGAGAAAAAUACAUCAGAUAAAAGGAUGUAAGUGUUUUGGACAUGCAUCUGACCAUGUUAGGAAGUGUUUUGAAAUGUAUUACCAGAAAUACACUCCCUGGUAAAAGCAUGUUUGCUAUAGGCCUUCCAAAUUUGAAAUACAAGUCUAAAUGUUUGAAAAAUGUGCCCCUCCGUGAGAAAAGCUUGAAGUACGUACAGGAUAUAACUGGUUGGAGUGUACAGAAAAUUCACUGUUCAAAAACCAUAAAACUCCUAUAACUUUAAAUACUGAAAACAUGAACUUCUGCAGAGUACUGUAGAUUACUGUAGAUUGUCUCCAAUGUGAAGAAAUGAUGGUUUGUUAGCUUGUUUUGGAUUUUUUUUUAAAACGACGGCCGUUACUUUGAGCUGAUUUUGAUUUUGUUUGUUCUUUUACCUAGUUUCCAAUUUUAUAGGGGGAUUUACUCUGUGAUUAGUUUGUGACACUAAAUCCAACAAAAUUGGGAUUUCACUCCAUCCAGAAGUACUUCCUCUACUUAAUCUCUUGAGUGCUGCCCUGGAUCCUUUUUUGUCUGCACAGUGUAACCAAGGAGACGAUGUUCCUCCCCACCACUGCAGUGGUCACUGAGGAGAGACGGCCAAGCUCUUGUGUCCAGAUGCUGAGCAUGCGGCCGUGGCAAGACCAGCAUCCUGUGAGGCAGCCACAAACAUAUGGGCUGAAAAGGAGGACUCCUCUGGAGCUGCUGGCCUUCUCCUCGGGGACAGAAGCCCAUUGUCCUGGGCCUGCCCUCCAUGCCGCUUAA